UGGCCUGGACCCUGACCCUGACGAAUCCCUGGUGACAAGGACGAGAUAUUUUUGGCCAUGGGGGUGGAGCCAGCACCAAGCUGCCCUAGGACGGGCUCAGACGUCCAGCUCCGCUGCCCCAGCCGGUCACCAGGACACACAGGUAGGAGAUGGAGCAGGGGGCGGCUGAGGACCGUCUGGGUGUGGGCAGGCUGGCGUCUGCAUGGGCACCCCCCGGGCAGCCCCCACAGCGCCCCUGCUGAUGGAGAUGGAGAAUUUCCAGUACAGUGUCCAGCUCAAUGACAAGGACUGGGCUGAGUUCUCAGCCGUUGCCGACGAGUGUGGCCUUCUGCAGGCCAGUCUAGCCUCUGGAGACGAGCUCUUGUCCAGUGACCUUGACCAAGCCGACAGCAGGGGCGGCAGUCCCCCGGGGCCCCUGCCCCUCCUCCCUGGGCAGCUGGCCGCAGUGGGAAGCUGCUGGCAGGGCUGUGAAGAGGGAGCCAACGCGGCCGCCUGGCAGCUGGUCAGCAGGUCUCAGUACGAUCUGGGCCUGGCCUGGGGGGCCAGUCAGCAGACGCCCUGCACGUCUGAACAGUUGGAAGCUAGGUCACCCCCUGACUCCAGUGCCAGUCCUCCAGGGCAGUGCCCGUCCUUCCCGGGGCCAGCAUCCGGCAGCAAGAUGCAGAGGCUUCUGCAGGGCCCAGCCCCCAGCCCCACUGGGGAGGCCCCAAGGAGCCCCGAGCCUGCUGGCCGCAGUAGUGCCUUGCGGAGACCCCCGGAUAGUCUCAACCGAAAGAAGAAGCGCUCCACAGCCGGGAAGGGGGCUGGGCCUAGUCUGGGCCCUAGUCUCACUCAGCCAAGCACCCCGCCCCUCACUGAAGUCAGCCCAGAAGGCCUUGGCCUGGCCAGGUCCAAGGGCAAGGGACUUGGGGCUGCAAAGGCAAAGCUGACAGCAGGAGCUGGGCAGGAUGAGCUGGGGACGGGUUCCAGAGGAACUCCUGAGUCCAGCUUCAUCCAGGGCCUGGAUGUGGAGCCAUCCACACCUGGUCCUGGACCUGAGGGACCUGCGGACCCACUGAAAACACCCUUCAGAGAUAAGCCUCCGCCGGACACAGCUGCGUCCUCACCCAAGUCCAGGCCUCCACCCAACAUGGCAACAUCCACCCCUGCAUCCAGGCCUCCGCCUGACACAGCUGCGUCCACCCCUCUACCGGACAUAGCUGCAUUCUCACCUGAGUCCAGGCCUCCACCUGACACAGCUGUGUCCACCCCUGUGUCCACGGCUCUGUCCAACAUGGCUGUGUCCACUGCUGUGUCCAGGCCUCUGUCUGACACAGCCGUGUCCACCCCUGUGUCCAGGGCUCCACCCAAAACGGCUACGACCACACCUACGUCCAGGGCUGCACCUGACACAGCUGUGUCCACCCCUGUGUCCACGGCUCUGUCCGACAUGGCUGCGUCCACUGCUGCGUCCAGGCCUCCUCUGGACACGGCUGAAUCCACCCCUGCGUCCAGGGCUCCUCUGGACACGGCUGAAUCCACCCCUGCGUCCAGGCCUCCUCUGGACACGGCUGAAUCCACCCCUGCGUCCAGGGCUCCUCUGGACACGGCUGAAUCCACCCCUGCGUCCAGGGCUCCUCUGGACACGGCUGAAUCCACCCCUGCGUCCAGGGCUCCUCUGGACACGGCUGAAUCCACCCCUGCGUCCAGGGCUCCUCUGGACACGGCUGAAUCCACCCCUGCGUCCAGGGCUCCACCCGACACAGCUGUGUCCACCUCUGUGUCCAGACCUCUGCCUGACAUGGCUGUGUCCACCCCUGCGUCCAGGCCUCUGUCUGACACAGCCGUGUCCACCCCUGUGUCCAGGGCUCCACCCAAAACGGCUACGACCACACCUACGUCCAGGGCUGCACCUGACACAGCUACGUCCACCCCUGCAUCCAGGCCUUCGCCUGACAUGGCUGUGUCCAUGGCUCUGCCUGACAUGGCUGUGUCCACCCCUGCGUCCAGGGCUCCACCUGACACAGCUGUGUCCAGGCCUAUGUCUGACACGGCUGUGUCCACCUCUGUGUCCAGGCUUCCACCUGAUAUGGUUGGGCCCACACCCACGUCCCAGCCUCCACUGGCCAUAUAUCUGCCUGAAGUUCACCCAGCGGUCAAGUCAGAAGGGGUCUCACCUGAACCUGGCUUGGUGGCUGUGCUGCCCACGGCUCUUUCUCCCUCCACUUAUGGGGCAGAGCCAUGUGUGGGUGUCUGUGCCUCACAGGCUAGGCUGGAUAAAGAUGGGGCGGGGAUGACUGUGUCGGGGGGUAGGCUUCCCCUGGCAGAGGCUGUCAGACCUGGCACUGAGGACCCACUCUCAGGCCCAGCUCAAGGCCCUAGGAAGAAAAAAGUGAGGUUCUCCAUGGCUAGGCCAGAGGCUGAAGGGGCUGUAGGUCCCCUCUCACCAUGCAGAACCCCGCCAGCAGCCCGCAGCGGCUCGGGUGCCUGGGAUGCUGUAGCAGUGGGACCACGGCUGCCCCAGCCUCGGAUCCUUAAGCAUCUUCCACCCCCUGCCCCCUCGGCCUUGGCAGGCUCAGGGUCCAGAGUGGGCUUCGCAGUGACACUUCCGGAGGCCUAUGAGUUCUUCUUCUGUGACACCAUCGAGGAGGGGAGUGAGGGGGACGAGGAAGGGGAAGCGGCCAACCAGUGGCCAGACAUGUGCGAGUUCUUCUUCCGGGACUGCCAGCCGCAGAGACCGAAGCCUGCACCAGCCUUGCCCCUUAGCAGCCCUGUGUCUCUGUCCAUCCCUGAGGCCUAUGAACACUUUUUUGGAGACGACACAUUCGGGGGGAUGCUGGGACCCCCUAGUCUCCUCCAGAUGGACAACUUGGAGCCCACCAGGCUGGCCCCCUGGCAAGCAGGGCCUGGGAGCCUCCUCAAGGCCAGCACUGAUCCAGCAGAGCAGCUAAGCCUGGUGAUCAGGCGGGCAGGGGAGCUCCAGGGCUCCCUCCCCUCCUUCACUGUCAGCCAGAAGGACCUGUGCCUGGUGUUUGUAGCGUUUGCCACAUGGGCUGUGAGGACGUCUGAUCUGCAGACCCCAGAUGCCUGGAAGACAGUCUUGUUGGCCAACCUCGGCACAGUCUCUGCCAUCCGCUACUUCCGUCGACAAGUGGGGCAGCGGCUUACCAGCCCCAGUCCCAGCCCCAACCCUGGCCGCAGCCGUAGCCCCAGCCCCAGGCACCAUCCCAGCUCCUAGGAGCCAGUCCCAUCCCAGAAAGACGGGGAACAAGAUGACCACAGGCGCCAAGGACAAGUGGCUGUCCCCAUCCUUGUUGACCCCAUCUUCUACACAGCCAGGGACCUGGAGGCUGCUCUCUUAGACACUCCUGAGGGCCAGCCCCGGGACCUGGAGAGAUGGUGGGACGGAGGGAGCAACCCAGGGAUUCCAGUGGGACUGGGGGUUCAGAGG